AUGUCGGGGAAGCUCCAAAAGUUCCUGAUGACCCACAACAUCGACAUCAGAAAAAUUCCCGUGAAGCUUCGCCUGAAGGACCUGUAUCCCUACUUCAAAGACAAGCAAGAGAAGAGAAGGCUGCGUAGACUUCUCGGGCGCGCGAGAAGGAUUUGGGGAUCCAAGGUCAAGCGGACGGCGAAGAAGAAAGGGAAGAAGAACAUGAAGAUCUUCAAGAACAAGAGCGCGUGGAAGCAAAGCAAAAAGAGCGGCAAGAGGCGGAGGAGGAAUAAGGGGAAACGACGUAAAUCUAAACGGAGACGUAAGAAGGGGAAGAGGAAGAAGAACGUGGGUGGUAAAGCGAAGCAAAAAAAGAAGAAAAACAUAGACACGGUUACGAAUAUAAGAAAGAAGGUAGGAAAUAAUGAGAACGAUUUAAACGUAGCCAUUAAGAAAUUGGGCAAGUUGAAGAGAAGGGAGAAGAAACCGGAGGUACCCGAGAGAAAAGAUGAAAUAACUGACGGGACAACUAAGAAAUCAAAGAGGAGAAAGAAAAACGGAGGUAAAGGUAAACUUUCGAAAAGAGAAAGGAGAAAGAGAAGGAAAAAGAUAAGGAAAGCGAUGAGGAAGAAAAUGAAGAGGAAAAUGAAAAAGAAAUUGAAAGAGAGGAAACGUGGGAAGAAAAGGAAGGGUAAUAAAAAGAACCGCAAGAAGAACAAGAGAAAUAAAAAACGGAACAAGAAGAAUAAGAAAAAGGAGAAAAAUAAAAAUAAAAAUAAGCAUAAACUACUCGACAAGAGGCUAGAUACAAAUGAGAAGAAAAACAGGAAGAACGAGAAGGCGGAAAGAAUAAAUGAAGGGAUGGGAGGACGGAACAAAAAGAACAAAGAAAUGGAAAAGCUAUUUAAAGAACUAGGCGUUAGUUAA